UUGUUAUAUGGUACGUUACGAGUGUUGCAGGAUUAGAAGUAUUUCAAUACUUAGAGAAGAAACAAUGAAGCUACUCUCGGCCGUGAUACUUUGUGUUCUAGCAGCAAGCUACAUCGAUGCAAAAUGUGGGUCUCGACCAGCGGGAACUCGUGUCAUUAAUGGACAGAACGCAUCUCCUCAUUCCUGGCCAUGGCAGAUUUCACUUCGACGUUACGGCUAUCAUACAUGCGGAGGAUCGUUAAUCAGCCCAACAUGGGUUGUGACCGCUGCACACUGCAUUCACAACAGAAGCCCUAAAGACUACACUGUUGUAGCAGGAGCACACCGAAGGAAAGGAACCACAAGUGUACAACAAACUAUUCGCGUAUCUCACUUUAUCAAACAUCCAAGUUAUGAUGACAGACGCAUCAAUAACGACAUCGCAUUGUUACGACUUGCGUCUCCUGUUCAAAUGAGCGACAAGGUUGGUGCUGUUUGUCUUACUAAAAUAAAACCUCAACCAGGCAAGAAAUGCUACAUCACAGGUUGGGGGUCAAUAACUGGGUCAGGCACUUCUCCAGACAUCCUUCAGCAGGCCGUUUUACCUAUCGUGUCCCAUACUAAUUGUAAGAAGAAGUAUUUCAGUGUCAAUUCAUUUGCUCAUCUCUGUGCUGGAGARGGUCGAGCUGGUGCUUCUGGUGGAUGUCAUGGUGAUAGUGGUGGACCGUUGGUGUGCGAGGAAGGAGGAAGAUGGUAUCUUCAUGGUGCUGUGAGCUUUGGACGCAAAAACUGCCCGACUACGGACUACACAGUGUUUGCAAGAGUGGCCAGCUACAUCGACUGGAUCAAACAAGURUCAGGAGUCGGACCUGAUGGAAGUCUCCCGUCAAUCCCUCCCCCAACAGGUGGAUCUCCUCCUCCUCCCACACAAAGCCCUGGUG